GUUGAGAUGGUGGCACGUGGCGCCGGCGACAGCUGGAGAUCACUCCUGGUGAGGAGCUGGAUUCCAAGUAGAUACCCUUACGCCAUUGAUAAAUGAGCAAAGGAUGCCAGGGGUAGCCGACACUGUUAUCCCAGUCCUGGAAGGCUCCAUAUCCAGGCUUUUGCUCCAUGGGAUCUGCAGUCCAGCUCGAUCUCUCCGCCAGGGUAGUGAAUGUCGGACCAUCAGGCGCAAGAAGAAGCUGAGCAGGAAGUAUCAGCGUUUCUUGGAAAGGAAAGCGUUCCUGGAGCGAAGGGGGAUUUUGAAGCGGAGACGGGUCAGAGAGAAGGAGGGACCUGGAGACCAUCCACAGUGCCCAGGUGGCUGCAUCUUCCAGCAGGGAGUCACCAAGCAGCCGAGUGGCUCCUGUAUGAAUGCUAAUUACUCCAUCGUAGCCGGUGCCUUGCAAACCCAGACCACGACAGGAAGUAUCACACCCACUCUGUUGGGGGCGUCCAGCCCAGAACACAAGGCAAACCGUCUCACCCCCAAGGGCCUUGCCCUGCUGUCACCUGCUGCCACCUCUCGCAGGAUGAGGUCGGGGGGCUUCUGCUGCAGUGCCACCAGGUGCGUGGCGAUCGACUGCGAGAUGGUGGGCACGGGCCCCUGUGGGUGGCUGGGUGAAGUGGCCAGAUGCAGCAUAGUUAACUAUCAGGGUGACGUCAUCUAUGAUAAGUACGUGAGGCCGGAAGGUCCCAUCACCGACUACAGGACGCGGUGGAGUGGAAUACGCAAGCAGCACAUGGCGAGUGCGUUAGAGUUUAAUGUUGCGCAGAGAGAGAUCAUGAAGAUCCUAAAAGGUAAAAUUGUGAUAGGCCAUGCAUUGCACAAUGAUUUUAAAGCCCUGAAGUAUUUUCAUCCGAGAUCUCUAACGAGAGAUACAAGCAAGAUGCCUCUUUUGAAGAAGGUGGCUGGGUUUGCCGAAAAAGACUCUGUGUCCCUGAAGAAUCUUGCAAAGCAGCUUCUGCGCAAAUCCAUACAGGUCGGCAGAGACGGUCACUGUUCUGUUGAGGAUGCCCGCACUGCAAUGCAAUUGUACAAGCUAGUUGAAGUUCAGUGGGAAGAGAAGCUUCACAGCGAGUUGUGGACAGAACAUGAUCACACGGUGUCUGACACAAGCUCUGAAAUCAGUCACUACAUGGACGAUCAGUACUGGCCUGCUGGAUUACACGACGACUGCAAAUGAUUGGAGAAGGAUUUUUUAAAGUACGUACCUCCAGUGACGAUAAGCAUUAAUGCUGCUGAUGGACUAUUGCAAUACAAACUCAGGUUGAUUUGCCUGUUGGAUGAGGACCAGUUUUUCACCUGUUCUCAGGCCUUCACUGUCCUGCCAGCAAAUUGGCGCUUGUUCCCUCUCAGUGGUGGGUCAGGAUCCAUGCAGCCAUAGUCCAGGAUCAGGGCUAAGGUCUCAAGCCUGCUUCAAUACCAAGUUGUUCAGCAUGCCAGUGCAGAAUCUGGAGCAAGUUAAGGUGGGGGGGUGGGGGUUAUUUGGUGCAAUUGGGUCCUUCCAGAGUUCUGACUGAAAAUUCAACCCAUUGUGAUCUUAGUCUUGGAGAGAAAAUGAAUAGACUAGAUUUGGUGUGGUGGAUAAAGCUGAGUGGUUUUGUUCUGUCAAUGUGGUUGACCACAAAGGAACAAGAAUUGCAACCUGUUAACCAUGUUUUCUGUUUUAAUACUUAUCUUCAACAUUUCUACUCACAACUCUGGCAUGCAGAAGACAACUGGUACUGUUUCACUGAUACCGGUUGGUCCCAGUUCCCAAAUCCUGAAGCUAAUGAGCAUCAGGCUCUUUAGCUCAGAGAGCCAAUCUUCUUUGUGCCCUCGUUCCAGUUCGCUGUCUAAUUCUGAAGUACUGAGUUCAAUGUCCCAACUGCUGCCCUUUCAGAAAAGGCCUCCAAGAUUGCUGUGGGGUUUGGAGUAGCUGAUAACUCUCUUGGUCCAUGUGACUGUCUCCUGAAUAGUUCAGUGUGGUUCAUCUUUACUUGGCCUGUACGAAAAGUGGGUGUCAGUGUGAGGCAGGAAGCUAUGUUCUCAUCCUUCCCCAACCCAUAUUCCUGUGAUAUCUUGUGGAUAUACGAAAGUGAGGAGGAAAGUGGAAUCUGUUACCAUGACUGCUUGUUGAAAACAGAUCAGUUCUGAAGAGAAAUUGUAUCAGUAGGCAUCUAGAGAGCCCCAUUUGGGGGAGUGCUUGGGCUGAGCUACUGUAGGUUUAUCACCUGCCACUAGCAGCACAGUGACACGGUAAUAAAGCUGCUGUCUUGUGUCUAGUACCCACAAGUUCAAAGCUGACCUCUGCUGCUAUCUGUGUGGAGUUUGCAUGUUGUUCCUGUGACUAUAUGGAUGGUCUUCCACAUCUGAGUGACAUAUAGUAUGGUAGAUCAAUUAGCCAUUGUGUAGGCGAGUGGCAGAAUCUGGGGAGAGCUGUUGGGAAUGACCAUAAUACGAACAAUGCUGUGCAGAAGUCCUGGGCACAUCUAUAGGUGCCUCAGACCUUUGCACACUACUGUAUUUGUCAACGUGGAGCAGAGGGAGUGUUUGUAAAACUGAUGGGAGCAAGGGAUGUUGAACAUAGUGAGGGUGGGGGGGUGUGGGACAGGUGGUAGAGAAGGAAUGCCGGGACAGAGAGUGGCAUGGGUGCAGUGACGCCUCGCCCUGAGACACCAGACAACGUCAUUUGAUUCUAAACAAUUGGUUUGCUGAUCACUACGGAAUAUUUUUCUGGUGUUUCUUGCUUCCUGUCCAUUUUCCUGACCGUGAUUCCCCUCUCUCUGCCCCCAUUCCACAAUAGAGACCCAUAAUAGAAUCAGAAUUAUCACCACUCUCAUAUGUUAUGAAAUUCUUUUUUUUUGUGGUAGUACAGUGCUGUGCAAAAGUCUUAGGGUUUCUAGCACAGUAUUGUAGGAGCAGAAUUGGGCCAUUCGGCCCAUUGAGUCUGUUCCAUCAUGCCAUCAUGGCUGAUAUAUUUCUCUCUCAACCCCAUGUGAAUGAGAAGAGAAUUUAAAAAAAAACAGUUGGGAUUAGUAACAGGUUAGUAUUAAUGUGUGCUUAAUAGUUGGAUUGGACUCAGUGGAUGAAGGAGGCUGUUCCUAUGCCUUGUGACCUCUCACCCCUAUGACAUUGUUAGUGAGACAUGAACUUGUGAUAUCAUUCCCCCUUUGAUGUCGUCACAUGAGAGGCAUGCUUUUCAAAAUGUCUGCUUCAAGCUUGACUCCAACCUGCGUGAUCACAAGUGACAGCAUCAUUUGGUGAAAACUACAAGUUUAUUGGCCUGCUCUGCCUCUGUCAAUUUUAAUUUUGUUUCAGGAAUCAUUUAGGAACUCCACUCUAUUGCUAAUGGUUUGGGGAGGGAGGAUAGGACUCUGCCUGCAUUCUGUGUUGGACUCUUAAAGCCACCCUCCCAUGGACAAAAUCUGACUGCAAGGAAAACCGUAUUAGUACGUUGGUGCCCACUGCAUUUUUCAGGUAUCCUUUUUUUAAUCCACGUUGUUUUUUGAACCACUCUGUCCUCAACAGCCAUUCAUGUUAAUGGAUUCUGUGUUGUAUCUCUGCCAUACUGAAGGUUAUGAGGUUAGGUGAUCAUGCUGCAGUUUUCCUUCAGAAUUGUACUGCAGUCUCUUUCAAUUGAUAUUUGAUAUUUGACUUGAUAUUUCAAUCCCCAUGAUAAGUCAGCACUCUCGAUGUUGGUAGUGGGCUUGGAGUAGUGACAAGGAGGGUUGGUACCUCAUUGGGGUCAUCAGGUGGGCACCCUCCUUUGAUGUUUUGUUGAUAAGCCCACGAUAUCUCCAGAGGGCUCAAUGGUGCUACCUGGCAUCCCAGAUCCACCCCCUUCAGUUCCAUACCCUCCUGUCUUCAUCUUGCAGCCCAGUUAUUAUCUUUCCUUUUAAUCCAAAUCCAAUUACUGCUUUCUUCUGCUGCACUUGACAAGGACGUGAUUGCUUGUUGGAGUGAAUAACCCCUCACUCCCAUCUUCAAUAGACUGGUCAAAGAUGUAGCCAUAAAUCCCCUGCAUCCCACUUCUACAGGGAAAAUCUUGGUCUUCCAGUUAUUCUGGGCAGCUUCAGUUGCCAGUUCAGAGUACUUGGUCUUUUUCCUCUCAAGCUUCUUCAACACCAUCUUCCCAUGGUACUGUCAUUUCCACAACAUUGACAGCUUGGCUGUUGUGGACCACAGGACCAUGUCUGGCCAGAGUAUGGAACUCCACUGUGCUGCCUGAGACAUUCUCCCCAGUAUCCUGUCAAAUCGUCUAAUCAAUGCUUCUGAAUUGAUGUGGUUGUCCUGGUAUUCGUGGGAGCAGCGAUAAUACUUUGUUAGCUGGAGAAUCAUUGGCCUAUCACAAAAUUUGGAAAUCAGCCAUCCCAGUCCACUUUUAACUUUGUUUUUGCAUUUGUGAGCCAGUGCUCUUUAUCUCCUUGUCCCUCAAAUGCAUUGCAAGUUUACAAAGCCUGUGGAACUAGUUUAGAAAAAAAGGGCUGUAAUUAUUGAUUGCAGGCACUUUCAGUACAUUCAUCAGUUCUGUACCCAAACAAGUUUGAGCAACACUGUUGUCAAUUUGAGUAAAUUUUCAAAAUGACUAACAAUAAAUUAUUUUCAAAUGAUUUAUUUUCUUA